AAGCAAUACCUACUACCUCAUCGUGCGCUCGCUCGCUCGCUCGCGCCGCGCCGCCAGCCUACCUUAGCUAGACGGGGAGUCUUCCCACCUGCCCACGCCCCCCUACCCAAGUGGCCCCUUUGAACCAGAAAGAUCUGCUUCUGGCUGUAUGAUAUAACUUGUAUGCCCUCUUUCGGGACCCCCCGCCUGCGCCUCGACGUCGUUCUCGGUCAACUUUUCUGCUCUUUGGUUUACCCAAGCAAGUAUCCAAGCUCCUUGACCUCCCAAGUUUCGGCGCAUCCUUCUUGCAGUAUACCCUAGUACGACGGCUCAUCUCAUCUCGUGAUACGGAUUCCUCUUGCGACACUCGUGGAAGGGUAAGCAGGCCCAGAAAUAACAUCAGUCGGGCUUCGACUUUCGGUUGUCAAUCCACCUACGGCGUUGCUCACGCGUCUACCUCAACCCGCGUGUAAGCCGCAAAUCCGCUGCGAGCCUUCCCACUUUUCGACCUUCCGUUCCCUGUAUCAUACAUCCUCGUUACGGUACAUUCGCCCUGUGACGAACAGGCAUCCGCAGCGGUUAAGUGGAUAUUCCCGGGAUCGAUACCACCAAGCCGGCUCUGGGCUGGCAAUGAUGCAAGCCAGCUCCUCCAAGACAGCGACGCAACAGACGCAGCAGACGCAGCCGCAGCAGCAGCAGCAGCAAAAGUCAAGCACAGGCAUGGCGGAAACACGGUACCAGGUACCCUCCACAGCAGCCCACUCGGGAAGAUUAAAGUACGCCGACCCGCGGGAUCUACCCAGCUUUCCAUCCCCCGGUCUCAAAUCCGAUGGAGCUGCUGCCGGAGCUGCCGCAUCGCUAGGUUGGGCAAACCAAAAAUCCAUCGACCUCUGGAAACCCGAAAAGUCAAACUCCGCAUCAACCGCAGCUAUGCUCGCAAAGGAUUACAAAAUGGCACCAUCGUGGGAACCAAACUCAAGCUCCGCCGGCGCCAAGGCUGCUCUGCUGGCCAGCGCUUCAGCAAAGAAACAGUCCACCACCAACACGACCCCUCCUCCGCCUGCUACCGAGUCUUGGGGAAGCAGCGCUGCGAACCAGGCAUUUAGACAAAGCCGCUCAGUCAGACAGCCCACCCAGACACCCUCUACCGCCGCCGCCGGCCUUGGCUCCCUUUCAGCAGCCCAAAAUGCGAUGCCCGCGUCCAGGAGGACAAGGCCACGAGCCAAAUCGACCCCCGUGCCAAAGGAAUCCUACCCCGGGGAAUCACGAGCUGCUGCAAACGCUUUGAGUGCCGCCACAGCAGCUCACAGCCCUUCUUUGAAGCCAAAGUCCCCCACUGAGAACACUGGCUCAGUUCCGUACACAAACCUGCCUCGGAGUAUGUUCACUUCUAAGCCCGCUAUCGGACCUGAAGAAGAUGAGAAGAAAAGAGCCGACGUUCUCCACGCCUCUGCGGUGGCCAUGGCCAAAAAGAUGUACAGCCAACAGCAAAGGAUGGUCGACCAGGCACGAGUCCACCAAGCGGCAGGAGAGACCAGCCCUGACGAUACCCAACCCAAACCUUAUGUCAACCUCCAGGAAGCGGCAUACAAGCUAGCGCAAGAGCGCUUGUCGAAACUUCAUGUGGAGCAUCACCAGAACCGGGACUAUCAGGAAUACUAUGGCAGCAAUACCCAGACCACGCCUCAGCGGAGGUUUACUAUGAAGGGUAAGCUCAGACGGCGAUCCUCAAGCGACGGCGAUGCAAGCCACGACAAGGAACAAUCUGAGCGUAUUCGGAGAGAAAUGUCCAUCUUCUCAUCCAACUUGACCAAAGUCGACGAGCAGAAGCGGACAAAGGAUCGCGAGGCUCUACUAGCAGCAGCCCAACGCAACGUCAAGGCCCGCCUACAGGGCAUGGACGACAAGAUCUCCGCCGAGACCGGUAUGGUAGCGCCCAGCUCAAAGAGCGAUCGGAAGAGCGACUGGGAGUCUAAGGCCCAGAUGGCUGCCAUGGCCAAGCACGAGUCUGCCAACGUGAAUAGGGGCAAGGUAGACAUUGGCGGCGGCAUGUUUAUGGAUCCCGCGGCAGUCGACGAGAUUGCUACGAGGAGAGUACAGCCCGUGCUUGACGAGAUCAACGAGAAGGCAGCCAUCGAGCGGGAACGGCAAGAGGUGCUCAAGGCAGAGGCGGAAGCCAAGAAGAGAGACGAAGAGAAGCGCAAGGAACGUGACAGAGAGGUUAAGGAGAUCAACCGUAAGGUCAUUGCGCAAGAGAAGCAGGAAGAAAAGGAGAAGCGCCACCGUGAGAAGCAAGAGCUCAAAGCCAAGAAGGAAGAGGAAAAGGCCGCCAAGGCUGAGGAGAAGCGCAAGUCCAAGCUCCCCGAGAUCACGCCGGCGGAUUCGGCCGUCGCCGCGGCAGAGUCUAGCGAUAUCUCACCCGUGAGCGACGACCAGGGCACCACCCACGCAGGCCAGCACAAGCCCGGGGCCAUCAACACGAACAGAGAAAGCUCCGGCAGCGAUAACCCACGCUCGCCCAGCGACAGCGGUUCGCCGACGAACAAAAUGAAGACUUGGCUCAAGUCACGCUUCGGACGGCCGCGAGGCCGGUCUGCGGCCGGUGAGAAUGCCGAGGAGCGUGGCUUCAUCGGCGGCGUUGCGCUUACUAGGCUCGCGAAUGAGAGCGCGACGAGUCUCGGCGAUGCGCGGUCGGCCAGUAUUAGAGAGGUUGCCAUCGCCGGCAAGAGUAGCGACGCGACGCCCAGGUCGGCAACGGCGCAGGAGGGUGACGUAAGCCCCGUGAGCUCUGAUUCCGAGUCGGAGCACUUUGUCGAGGCGAGCGAUGAGCUCGAGGGGCCCGUCUCGCCCCCGGCUGCUAUUCGAGAUCCGAACACACACAAGACGCACAGCCCGACGAGGGAUUCGCGGUUCCGAGAGAAUCUUGAAUAGAUUGAGAUACGCUGGUACUUGCGGUAACGAACGGCCAUUUCUUCGGUUAGAAUGGAUGGCGUUUAUGGAUGGAACUCACCCUGGAGGAAUACUUCAGUUUGGCAGAGGGUGGAAAAGGGGUUUAUAGCGAGGAGCGUUGGAUUGCAUUUCAUGGUUGGGGCAUCCCCAGCGUACAGAUAUAACAUCGUUUCCCAAUUGUUGUAUGCUUAUCAGCAUCUAUAGUACUAUUCGUCAAAUUCAAGAAAAUCAACUCUC